AUGUCGUCAGCAACAGCUCCACCACCCAUCCUCCAGACCGACACCAUCCCGUCCAGCAUGACUCUACCUCCGGCCACACCGACUCCUCUGAAGCGGAAGCCAUCGGCCGACCCCUACCCUGCUCCUCGGGACUCUCCAAAGAGACCGCGACUAGACUCACAAAGACUGUCCACCGAUGAGACCCUACGCUCUACAAAGCACUACGCCGUGUACUCCCACAACCUCCUCGAAGAUCCGAAGAUCGCCAGACCCCAGCUCCUCAGCGCAUCCCCCGUCUUCGAGACCACCCAAACGGCCAUGCGUGACCACGCUACCCAAGCGAUCGAAGCGAAUGUCCAGUGGGGUGCGACAAAGGAGCUCAGCACCAAUCGUCUCUACGAGAUCCUGAAUAGCAAGAACCAUGUCGUUCUACGCUACGAGAUGGAUAUUGUCUUCCCCGCCAGUGAAGAAGCGGACGGCGUGAAGCAGUGGAGCCGUGCGAGCGAAUUGGACGCUUUGCCAGUACAGUAUGGUCUGUGUGUUGAGUAUCUCAAUGACAACUACGAAGAGGAAGAAGGAGCAGAGCGGUCCUUGGUCGUCACUUUUGGUAGUUUGGGUGAAGCUAAACACGCCAUGAAAAAGUCGGCGGCGGCGUACAUUGGCAGCUCCAGUGGAGUCAAAGUGUCUGAAAGAUGUAUUGAAAUGGUAGGGGAAGAAGGACAGAUUCUCCGGAAGUACAAGAUUGAAGAGGGUAGGAGAGACGCACAGGGUAGGUUUGUGAGGCAAGAAGACUUGUAUUUUGAGCUGAGCGGUGCAGAUGAACUUCCGCCCGCGCCCGAGACAUUGGAGGCGUCUGCACCGCCCUCUCCUCAGCCGAUUACUGCUCCUGCCAUUACUGCAGUUGUACGCCAAGCUAUACCAAAAGCCACAUCAAACAGUCCUGCUCCCGCGACCCCCGAACCAGAAGCUGUCCAAGGCACUCGCCGCCAGUCUGCUCGGAUUAAAGUCGAGACUCAGGCUGCUAAGGAUAUGAAAGAAGAACAACUUAAGAUCGAGCCCAAGCCCAAGCCUCAGCCUAAACCAAAGGCUCCAGCUCGACCCAAGCCCCCAGCAAAGCCCAAAACGCCAGCUAAAUCCAAAGGCAAAGGCAAAGUUCCAGCUCAAGAUCCAGUCGAUACCACCUCUCACUGCACUUGUCGCGACCUUGACGAUGGCAGCUUGAUGAUCGGCUGUGACAAUGACGCUUGUCCCAUCGGAUGGUAUCAUGGACGUUGUAUCGGCAUCUCCAAGCCGGUUCCGAAGAAUAAAGAAUGGUACUGUGCCAUGUGCACGAAAGAGAUGGAGAACAACAAGGAUACGGGUGUUGAAACCGCACGUGCGAAGACGCCUGUGAAGAAGAGAGGCGCCGGCGGUAAUGCGAAGGGGAAGGGGAAGGCGAGAAAGAGGAAGUAG